AUGGGUACCAUGGAUUUUACUUUUAAAGAGUUCAUGUUGAAAGCCAUCAAAUUCCUGUAUCCAGAAUUAGAUAAUUUAGUCUCUAUAGAUUGUUCAAACAAAGAAAUCAUGAUGUAUGUUGUUCAAGAAAUUGGAAGUUUCUUGAGAUUAGCAUCAAGAAAACUCAAAAGUGAUCGAGACAUUGUUCUGAAUGCUGUGAAAUGUGACGGUGUUUCGCUUGAAUUUGCCACUCAUGAUUUGAAGAAUGACAGAGAAAUUGCACUUCAUGAAAUCAAACAAAAUGGGUUGGCAUUGGAAUUCGUUUCGACAGAGUUGAAGGGGAAAAAAGAAUUGGUAUUAAUUGCUGUGAAUCAAAAUGGAUUUGCACUUAAUUAUGCAUCGAAAGAGUUGAAAAAUGAUCGAGAGGUGGUAAUGGCAGCAGUUAGAAAUGAAGGUUUAGCUCUUCAAUAUGCUGAUGAAAUGCUGAAAAGAGAUCAAGAAAUUGUGAUUGAAGCGAUCAAACAAAACAAUGGUGCUUUGAGAUACGCUUGUAAAGAACUUUUACGUGGCAAAGAAUUCUUAUUGAGACUUGGAUGUUGGAAUAUUUUCAGAUAUGCUCCAAAAGAAAUUGUUGAAGAUAGAGAAUUUGUGUUAAGUGUUGCCAAACUCAAUGGUCUUGCUGUUGUUGGAUCCAAUGACUCACCAUUUCUCAAUGACAAGGAAAUUUUGUUAGAAGCAGUCAGAAGUAAUGGAUAUGCACUAUAUUAUAUAUUAUAUUUUGCGAGUGAUGCAUUGAAAAAAGAUUCUGAAUUGAUGAUGGAAGCUCUCAAAUGCAAUAGAUUUGUGUUAGCUGCCUCUCGUACAGUUCCGAUACUCUCUCGUUUGCAAACAAUGAGUUUGAAUGAAUGGUUGAAUCCGACACAAAAUAAUAAUUUGUUGAAAUAUGUGUUUGAUUGGUCUGAAUUUAUAUGUCAUACUUAUCCCAAUGAAUAUGAGUGGUUAAGAAAAUUGAAACAAUCUUUUCAAGUUAUGGAUAUCCAUGACUUGGAAUUGGUGCUUUCAAAUUGCCCACAAGGUCUGGAACGACAUGGAUCCAUGAAGUUAAUUACUUUGGACAAUGGAUCUGGUAAACAAGUGUCAGUGUUUGCUUCCUCACGAUAUAGUUCUCACCUUAAUUUACAAGCAUUGGUUGAUGAGAAUGGAGAAAUGUUGUCAGUGAAUGAGUUUGCAAUAGCCACAAAUGUGAAAACAUGUGACAUGAGCUUCACUUCUUUUUAUUUUGGUUGGGGAGCUGGACAUGAUGAAGUGAGAUCUGAGGGAUUGGAAUGGUUUUCUGACCAAUUUUCAAAUUUAAAUACCUUGGAUGGAAAAUAUUUAUUGUUUUACAUUUUCGAAUUUAUUGACAAAUUCAAACCCGAACAUAGUCGAUACCUCUGUGACCAUGACUCCAUAUUUGUUGUAAAGAAGGCCAUGAAAGAUGAUAACACCCACUCACAAAUGUUCAAAAAGGCUCACUCUUUUAAGAACUCUCUUAUGAAAAGAGAGAACUGUUUGGCAGCAGCUGUUAAAUCUUGCAAAACAAAAGGUGUGUGGAUUCGAUUGAUGAAAUGUGGCUACGUUAUGAGUGAAAAUCAAUUGGGGAUUGAUUUUAAUAAUUUUCUGUCAUCUACUGAGCACUUCCAAUUUUUCUUUGAUUAUUGUGAAUUUCAUCAUUGGAGAUCCUUUGCAGAAAAAAAAGUUCAAGAACAAUUUAUGAGUAUUCUUGAGCGAAAAGAAUCCACGAAAUUAUGUCAAGUGAUCCCUCAGAAUAAUUAUUCUUUUCCCAAAGAGCUUUGUUGUAGUUUGAUUCAGUCCAACAUUGAGCUAUUUGACCUUAUUAAGAAACAUAGACCAGAUUUUUGGUGUCCAUUCGAUUUGAGAAUACCUCAACCACCAUCCAACACAACAUUAGAAUCAACCAUAACAUCCUCCAUCACAGAACCAAAAAUUCUAUUUCUUUACCAAACCUACUCAGACCAAAAGAAGUUUUCAGAUUAUUUUCUGAAAUUCUCUCCUCGCUUCAAGUCUGAUCAAUAUUGUCAUCAACAAUUACCACACCAACUUGCAACGAGAAAAAUCGUGAAAGAACAAUUUACACCUCUUUUGAAAAAGUAUGACGUGGUGUACAGACUAUAG